CUAAGGAUAAAAAAUACCAUUUUUCCAAACCGAAAUCAACAUAGCCACCUUAACUCUACACACUUCAUAAUGAGGAAAGACUUGGCACAGCUGAAUGAUCCGGUUAUAAAGGAAGAGUUCAUCACCAAUCUAACAACAUGGAGAAACACCCAAAAUGGCAUGAUCAAUCCUAAUAUAACUUGGAAGGAUAUGAAACUAAGUUUAUCAAGCUGUAUGAAUUCAUGCUUAAGACCACGAAUUAAGCGUAAAGAAUGGCUAUCCCCUUCAACAAUACAGAUAAUUAAAAACUUAACAACAAAUAUCUCCUAUAACCAAUAUACUAAACACCACAGAAGAUCCAUACAAUAUAGCUUUGACAACAAUAAUAUUUACAAGGCUUUCCAAUCUCUUAAGUUACUCACUACCUUUAAAUCCAAUCCUCUACCAAGAUUACACAUUGAAAAUAAUAAAAUUAUAACGGACCCCAGGGAACAAUUAGCGAUAUGGACAGACCAUUACAUGAACCUUUACAGAACAAGGUGGCCUAAACCAUUAUGUGACUAUCCUUUCCAACCACCUAAUCGGAACCUGAACAGAAUAGAUAUAAUCAAUGCCAUUAAAAGACUAAAAACCCAUAAAGCAGCCGGAAUCGAUGGGAUUUUUGCGGAACUUUGGAAGAUAGAUGCUGAUUUAAGUGCUAGUCUACUGCUUCCCCUCUUUAAUGAGAUAUGGAAUACUGGCAAUUUCCCAGAGGAAUGGAUGACAUCGAUAAUACUUAAUUUCCCUAAAAAUAAGAACCCGACUAGCCUGAAGGACUACAGAGGAAUUGCACUGAUCCCAGUUACCCUAAAAAUGUUCACGUAUAUUAUAGCCAUCAGAACCAAUCAUCGAUGGAAACCUCUCAAACGCCAUCACAUCAUAUAGGAAGGGCAGGAACACGACGGAACUAACCAUGGCGCUUAAGGUUAUUCUGGAGAAAGCUAGAAUGCAUAAGUCCCCAAUAUUUGCCCUAAUGAUUGAUCUAAGUCAAGCCUUUGACUCCAUCAUACAGCAUAAGAUCUGGCCCUUACUGGAGGACAUAGGAAUAGAUAAACAUCUGAUUUCGCUUAUAAAAAUAAUAUACGAUAAUCAUAACGUGAUACCACAACAUCUGAACUUAAAAUCACAACCAU